GUUUGUCGGUAAUAACUUCAACACCUUUAGUGGUGCUGCGUCUGCUAAACCUGUUCUUUAAAAUAUUUGCAUAAGGUUCUAAAGUUCACAUUCAGGUAUUUUGCCGAAGCCGAAACCAUGCCUGAAUUUCUACUUCCUGGUUUGAAGAGGCAGUGGUUGGAGGAGCUGCGUGGCUGAAAGAAGAAACUGACACGUGGAUCAUCAUCAACACUUCAGGAGUCAGGAGAAAGCUGAAUUUCCUCCCGCUGCGUUAUAACAGCUGUGAAAGCCUCAUUACUGCCAGUCGCCGGAGCGCAAUGGAUGCGGAAGACUGACCCGAGAGGAUACCAGAGCGGAUAGUCACAAACAGAUAUAUUUGGCGUUGAAUGGCAAUUCUACAAAAACAUGGAAAGAACUCUUGUCCAGAUUUGGCCAGUAUUCAGGAAAACCCCGCAGAUAAUAUCGGACAAGCUGGAUCACAGAAGAAGUGGGCAGAGUCGAGUCAGAACUGGACAAGGCCAGUAGCGAGGAUAUGGACGGUGGUGCUGUUGCUGGGGACGUGCCUGCUGUACUGUGCCCGUGUGGCCAUGCCUAUCUGUGCAGUGAGCAUGGCAGAGCGCUUCAGCUGGUCCAAGAGAGAGACGGGCAUGGUGCUGGGCAGCUUCUUCUGGGGCUACUGCUUCACUCAGGUCCUUGGAGGCUACGUCAGUGACAGGGUGGGAGGAGAGAAAGUGUUGCUGUUGUCAGCGGCAGCAUGGGGAGCAAUGACCGCCUUCACGCCAAUCUUAGCCCAUUUCUGCUCCCAGCCCAUCGUCUCCAUGACCAUCUCCCGCUUCCUCAUGGGCCUGCUGCAGGGUGUUCACUACCCAUCUCUGGCCAGUCUGUGCUCUCAGAAGGUUGUGGAGAGUGAGAGGGGCUUCCUCAUAAGCACCGUAGGAAGUGGCUCAUACCUGGGGACUCUGGUGAUAGGAGGUGUAGGCUCUCUGAUGCUGGACUUGUAUGGCUGGGAGAGUGUGUUCUACGUCUCUGGGCUUCUGUCUGUGUUGUGGGCGUACUGCAUGUGGAAGUAUCUGCUCAAAGGAGAAGGUCCCAUCAUCACACUGGAGUCUCUGGGCAGCGCUGGGACCCAGUCCAAACUGUCCAAGAGAAACUGGCUGCGUCUCUUCAGACAGCCAGCUGUGUGCGCCGUUAUUAUUACACACUUGUGCACCGCUAGCACCUUCUUCACACUACUGUCAUGGCUGCCAACGUUUUUCAAGGACACCUUCCCUGAUGCCAAGGGUUGCGUGUUUAACGUGAUCCCAUGGUUUGUGGCCAUCCCUUCUUCCCUGUUUAGUGGCUGCCUUUCAGACCAUCUAAUCAGUCAGGGUUUUGAUACUGCGUCAGUUAGAAAACUCAUGCAGUUCUUCUCUAUGGGCGUCUCCAGUGUGUUUACUCUGUUCCUGUGUGGGACCACUACCUUCCCCACAGCUGUGGCUUUCGUGUCUGCUACUAUGGGCCUCACCACAUUCAGCCACAGUGGGGUUUCAGUCAAUGUUCAGGAUCUCGCUCCAUCCUGUGCGGGGGCUCUGUUUGGAGUAAUGAAUACCUGUGGAGCAUUUACAGGGGUCAUCAUGGUGUAUUUCUCUGGGUAUCUGAUCGAGGCCACUGGCUCCUGGGCGUCAGUUUUUGGGCUCAUCACUGUAGUGAACCUGCUGGGUUUAGGAACAUUUUUAAGCUUCGCAGAAGCUCGCAGAGUGGACAUAGAUCUAGCGAAGGGCCGUUACCACAGCAUCCACAUCUGAGAGCACAGAUGACGGGAGCAGAGCAGCAGAAAUGACAGACUCUGUCAGAAACCUUUCUGAAGAGGGACAUAAUCAGCAGUUUAUGUUUGGCUUUUCUUUGGCUGAAGAGAAUUUAGGAGAAGCUGUAGGAUAUCUGUUAAAGAUAACUAGGAGCCACAGUAUGAAGUGUGUUACUGAAUAUUUUGCGUUCAUUCAUUUCUAUUUCACCCUGUAGCAUUUGUGUUGGUUUAUGGUAGCAGUUGCUUUAAUAUCAUCAUUACUGCGACCAAAGCAGUUCAAAAACCUGCAAUACACCAUCCAUUUAAUCAGAUGAAGACCAAACGCUAGAGUUCGAGAGUCUGAUUACUGACAGUGUUUAUUCAAUUAUUAUUAAUACCAUUUGUUAUGGCAUUGCAUGACAUUUUAAAAUACCUCGUCUCAGACAUCUCUGAGUGUGAUAGAGAUUACAGUUUGUUACUGCAGAAUUGGAGUUUGUGUCAAUUUGAAGAGCGUUACUGUCAUUAGAUGAAACGUGCUAGGUCAUCUUGUCAUUGGCUGAUCCUUUAAAGCAUUUUCUUCAUCUCAGCUGUCUGCUGUUGAGAAUGGUUUCUGAUCUUUAAAGGAUGCUUUUGUUUCAAACUGCUAGUUUGC